AGAAAGCAGUAUGUAAAAUAUGAUGUUACUUGUUAGUUGUUAGUACUAUUAUACCUUUUAACGAUAUACAUUCUCGCACUCUCCUAAUACAAAAAUGGUAAAUCGAAGCAAGGAAUUAUAGUAGUUUAUAUAUUUUACAUCAUAUUUAUUAUGCAGUGAAUAAUAUAUCAUAAUAUUACGUUAAAUUUAAGUGGUAAUAAAUAUAAUUUUAAUAGCGUAUGGAUGAUUAAAAUAUAGAUUUUGACUGUAUUGAAUAUUUACACAGCAUUGCCUAUACUAAGUUCAACAUGAAUUUACUAUUAUAAUUAAUAACUACAUAUUUGCGCAAGCUGAGUCUACAUUAAUUUUAAAAUCAAUCGCUUAGCAUUCAUCUCCGAUAAAAAUGAAAAAGGCGUGUAGAAUUUUAUUUAACUUGUAUUUAUUUAUCGGAUGCAUUUUGAGCUGCAGCUCGGCUUCUGAUACGCCUAAAGUGCAUGUCAACUCUGGAGAAAUGUCAGGUGGAUAUCAAUAUACAUAUAAUGGUCGUAAGAUUUACUCAUUCAUAGGUAUACCGUACGCAAGUCCACCAGUCCAAAAUUAUCGGUUUAAAGAACCACAACCCUUAAAGCCUUGGUUGGGCAUAUGGAACGCCACCAUUCCUGGAAAUGCCUGUUUAGGACCGGAUUAUAAAUCUAAUUUUAAAAUUAUUGGUCAGGAAGAUUGCUUAUAUCUCAACGUUUAUACGCCAAAGCUACCACAAAAGGGUACGCCGGGCGAUUUAAUGAAUGUAGUGGUGUACAUACAUGGUGGCGCUUUCAUUGGUGGCGAAGGCAUUACCUAUGGUCCCCGAUACCUUUUGGACAUCAACGAUUUCGUUUAUGUAUCGAUAAAUUAUCGUUUGGGCGUAUUAGGAUUUGCCUCCACCGGCGAUAGUGUUUUGCCUGGAAAUAACGGAAUGAAAGACCAAGUAGCAGCACUGAAAUGGAUACAACAAAACAUCGUUGCGUUCGGCGGUAACCCCAACAGUGUCACUAUCACCGGCAUGUCAGCUGGAGCAAGUUCUGUUCAUUACCAUAUGAUUUCGCCCAUGUCUAAAGGCUUAUUUCAUCGAGCAAUUCUUCAAAGCGGGAGUGCUUUUUGUCAUUGGUCGUAUGCUGAAAACGUUGAUCAAAAAACAAAGUAUAUUGCAAGCUCGCUGGGAUGUCCAACAAAUAAUUCCGUGGAUAUUGUUGAAUGCCUUCGUUCUAGACCAGGAACGGAAAUUGCAAAAUCAUUUUUACACUUCAUGCCAUGGAAAUACAAUCCUUUUUCACCGUUUGGUCCAACUGUUGAAGUAGCCGGAGACGAAAAAUUCUUACCUGAUAUCCCAGAAAAACUUAUUCCAUAUGACAUUCCAGUGUUGAUGAGUGUUACCCAAGAUGAGGGUCUUAUUAUAGCAAUAUUUAUUGUCUACGAAAAUGGUCUUAACGAACUAAACAAUAAUUGGAAUGAAUAUUUACCACAUCUCCUUGAUUAUAAUUACACUAUUUCAAACGACAAUCAAAGAACCAAAGUUGCCCAAGAUAUAAAAAAGUUUUAUUUUGGCGACCAAACAAUAUCAAAAGAAACUGUAGGCAAUCUUGUGGAAAUGAUUUCAGAUAGAAUGUUUGGAUAUGCUGUGAGUAAAGCAGCUCAGCAUAUUGCUACAAAGAAUACAGCGCCUGUAUAUUUCCAUGAAUUUGGAUAUAGUGGUAAUUAUUCGGUCUUGGCUAGCUUCAAUCCAAAAUCAUAUUCCCGAGAAUCAAACGUAACUCAUUCCGACGAAACCAUUUAUGUAUUCAACAUGAAUGAUUCCCCUGUUCAUGACAAUGAAGAGGACACAAACAUGAUCAAAACUAUGGUUAAUAUCUGGGCAACUUUUAUUAAAAAUGGAGCACCGGACAUUGGAAAUUCUGAAAUUUGGUUACCCGUUUCUAAGAAUCCAGUAGAUCCUUUCAGGUUCAUUAAGAUAACUCAACGACAAACUUUUGAAGCCAGAGCACAAUCGAACCAUCGAAAUUAUGCAUUUUGGAGUAGUUUACCAUUAACAGAAUUUUAUGAAGUUAAUGUGCCAGAAGACAUAAAAACUGAAUUAUAAAUAAUUAAUAUUAAGACAUGACGUUUAUAUUACAAUAAUACUAUUUUUAAACAUGAAAUAUUUAUUAUUAUUAUUAUGAUUAUUAACGCUCAGUGGGCAAAAAGUACGGGACAUAUACUUAUUAAGUAUUAUUAUAUAGGUACAAUCAAUUUAAAAGUUUAGUACAAUAUGUGGCAAUAUGUACAAUAUGAAAUUUUUAAAACAAAAAUUCACUUUCCUACAAAUACACAGCCUUAUAGUUAUUAGUUAUUUACUUAUUACAACAAUUUACAUUGCGAUUUAUAGAACUAUUUAUUUAGGACAAAAUGUUGCGUACAGGUUUCAAUGUGGAAUGUAUUUUUUGUUGAAAUGUUCAUCGGUAGGGCAUGCAAAUUAAUCUUCUUUAGCAAUAAAAUUCGUGACACACUA